UCUCUCUCUCUCUCUCUCUCUCUCUCUCUCUCUCUCUCUCUCUAUGCCUGAGUCCCCUUCUUCCCUUACCUUACGUUCCCUCUAUUCCCCUCUCUCUCUCCUCCUAGGUUUUUCGUUCUUUUCCUCUUCUUUUCAAUCUGGUUUUAGCUUAAGGAGAUCCGGAAUUUCUCGUUUCCUUGUGGUUUAGUUGACUAGCUACUGGGAAACAUAAUAAGUUACAUAGUCACUUCAACUCUGGGAUUUUACCUUAUUACCCUACACAGAGCUGUGAAUUAUAAAUUCUUACAUGUAACAGGAAAUUUUGAAGUCCAUGCUGUCAGAGAGCAUGCGUGGAAUCUAUUUUUUGGGUAAUGCCCCUGACGAGCGUUGUUGCUGAUGCACUCGGCGUAGUCACAAUCUCUCUUGUCACACUUUUGGGUCUCAUUGGUUUGCUUUGCAUCUUAUACUCCUUUUAUUUUCGCGACCACAUUCGUACCCAAACCCAUACCCAACUCGGAUACUUCAGUGGCCCGUGGAUUAUCCGUAUUAUUUUCAUCUUCUUCUCAAUCUUUUGGGGCUUCAGUGAAAUCCUACGUCUCGAAUUCUUGAGACGUGAAGGCCGGGUCCUACACACUCUCAACUCAAAAUGGCAGGAAAGGGUUUGCAAAUACUACAUCGUAUCAAACCUAGGAUUCUCCGAACCGUGUCUUUUUUUAACUCUUCUUUUUCUUCUUCGCGCCUCGUUACAGAACACGAGUUCCGGCCCGUUGAGCCGGAAGUGGAACAUCAAAACGACGGUUUACGUUCUCCUAGGUUUCUUACCGUUGUUUGCGCUUCAAAUGACGGUUGUUUUUAUCGGACCUCGAUACGAAACGGAUUUGCAUUUGAACGAGAAAGGUUAUUUUUUUAAAACGACGGCUGGGCCUGAGUACGAGAAUGACGUGGCGCGCUGCUAUUACCCGUUACUGAGUACCAUCUUUCUUGGUCUUUUUGCCACCGUGUUGACUGUUUAUUUGUUCUGGCUCGGGAGGCGGAUACUAAUUUUGGUCAUCAAUAAAGGGUUGCAGAGAAGAGUGUACACAUUGAUAUUUUUGGUUUCUAGUUUUUUUCCAUUACGGGUUUUGUUACUCGGUUUAUCUGUUUUGUUCAAGCCAGGGGACGCGGUGUUUGAGGUUCUUGCAUUUUUGGCUUUUCUUUCUCUUUUAUGUUGUUCUGGGGUUGGGAUUUGUGUUCUUGUUUACUUCCCGAUUGCAGACUCUUUGGCUUUGAAGAAUCUGCAAGAUAUCAGGGAACAUGACACUCGCUCAUUAAUUGCUAACCGUGGCCCGCCUGAUGAUUUUACUACGGGGUCCACAAAAAGGGGGUCCAUCUCGUUUAGGGCUAUUGAAAGGGAGGAAAAUAUUGGAGGGUUUGUGGAGUUGAGUCUGUUUUCGCCUAGUCAGCAUUUGACCCCGAUGGGUUCACCUCAGGUUCAUGGCUGGCCGAUGCUUCCUUUGGGGUCGAGCUUGUGAACUGUGAUGGUGGAUCGAUGUCUGUGAACUCAUUUUUGUGGUAAUUGAAAUGAAUGUAAAGGUUCUAGGUUUAAUAAGGAUUUUGAUGUUUUUUUUGGUUCUGUAUUUUGUUUUGUUUUGUUUUGGUGCCACCCGCCUUGUUUUUUUGGUGGAACUGAUCUGUAUCUCGUUGUAUUAUACUUUUGGAAACCUGUACAAUUUCGUUAAUGUUUGUGAUUCGAGUUAAUGCAAAUUUAUUCCUUGUUGAUCCGAUAA